AUGUUGGUGGCGCUGGGCAUAGAGGGUAGUGCUAACAAGAUAGGCGUGGGCAUCGUGCGGUCGGACGGGUCGAUUCUGGCGAACCCGCGGGUGACAUACUCGCCGCCGGCGGGGGAGGGGUUUCUGCCUAAGUUGGUGGCGAAGCAUCACCGUGCGGAAGUCUUGGGGUUGGUGCGACAAGCCUUGCGAGAGUCGGGGUUGACGCCUAUGGACAUCGGGUUAGUGUGUUAUACAAAGGGACCGGGUAUGGGGGGACCUCUGUCGUGUGGAGCUAUGGUGGCACGGACUUUGUGCAAGCUGUGGAGUGUUCCAAUUGUGGGUGUGAACCAUUGUAUCGCACACAUCGAGAUGGGCCGCGUCGUCACUGGCGCAGAUAACCCUACUGUCCUCUACGCCUCCGGGGGCAACACACAAGUUAUAUCAUACACCGACCGUCGCUACUCUGUCUUCGGCGAAACUCUCGACGUCGCUGUCGGAAACGCACUCGACCGCGUUGCCCGAGAACUGAAGCUGCCCAACGCACCAGCACCUGGCUGGCAAAUCGAACAACUCGCCAAGGAAGCACAAACUUUACACAAACUGCCAUACACCGUCAAAGGCAUGGACAUGAGUAUGUCCGGUAUCAUCACCGCCAUGACCGCACUUAUCGACACUCACUACCGUCCCUUACUACAAGACCAUCCUCAUAACGACGGGGACGGGCAAGAUGGUGUCCAAGAUGGUGUCCAAGAUGGUGCCCAAGAUGGUGUCCAAGAUGGUGUCCAAGGCUCAGACGCUGCGGCUGAGGACCUCGUUGUGAAGUCGAAAUCCAGGUCCAAUGAGUCAAAGGCUCGGUUGCGGCAAGUGAAGGCGGACCUAUGCGGAACUCUGCAGGAAACGGUGUUUGCGAUGCUCGUAGAAAUUACGGAGCGCGCGAUGGCACACACACGUUCGAACCAGGUGCUAUUGGUCGGCGGCGUCGGGUGUAACCUUCGGUUGCAGGAAAUGAUGGGGAUCAUGGCACAGGAACGCGGCGCCAGUCUCUGUGCCACCGACGACCGUUAUUGCAUCGACAAUGGCGCCAUGAUCGCCUGGACUGGCAUCCUCAUGUUCCAGAGCUGCGGACCCACGCCCUUCCACGAAACAACUUUUACACAACGAUUCAGAACCGACGAAGUACACGUCGCCUGGCGCGACUAA